AUGGCCGGAUCUUGUAGUGUCGCCAGUAGCAACAAAUCCAAGCUCGCCGAUGAAGAGUUCAGUCCGGUGGGCAUGAGGGUACUCCUCAUCGAUGAGAGCACCACCUACCUCAAGAUAAUCACCAAACUGCUGCUUAACUGCGGUUAUAAAGGUCUGACUGUAACAAAUUUUGAGAUUACGUACGUUUGGCGUGUGGAUGAAGUGACGCCCAAGACGGCGGCGCGAGAUGCUGUGGAGGAGCUUCACGAGAACCCUUGGAGCUACGACAUGGUCCUCACCGAGGUGCACGCGCCGGCUGGGAUAGACGGCUUCAACCUCCUCCAGUACGCCGGCACCGACAUGGAUCUACCAGUCGUCGUGUUCUCUGCGGACGACGACAAGAGGACGGUGUUGAAGUGUGUCAACAGCGGCGCGUGCGACUACCUGGUGAAGCCCCUGCGGCACGAGGAACUGAAGAACAUAUGGCAGCAUGUGUACAGGAGGAAGCUGCGCAGCGGUGGUCGUCGCGCUGCAGCUGCAGGAAACAGCAGCAAGGGGGAGAUCAAGAAGAGGUUUAGGUGGCCUAAGGAGCUGCACGAGAGGUUUGUCAGCGUCGUCCUUCAGCUCGGAGUUGAUAAAAAUGCUGAUUAUUAA